AUGGACCUCCCCCUAGCUUCUCAUCCUCUCCCACAACUACCAUCACCCCCACCCCCACCCCCACCCCCACCCCUUCCCCCUACCCCUCUCCCUCCUCUUCCUAAUGCUGAUGUUAUUGCUUCAGUACUCAUUGGCUUCUUUUCUAUAUUCACUGCCCCACUGUUCAUCUUUUUGGUUGUCCUCACCCUCUGCGGUUGUCUCAAACGUUUCUUCAGAAGGAGAGAUGAUCAUCACACUCCAGAGCCGGAUAUCGAAAUCGGAGCUACAAAUCUUGAUCAUGAUCAUCGCCCCCCUUCUCAUGAUUUUAGUCCGAGAACACAUGAUGAUAUUAGGCAAAGAUCUGUAGAGGAGAAGUUGAUGGAAGUAGCGCCAAGCUUUGUGUUUGAUAAAAGUAGGGCUGAGGAAGGUGGAAUGAAGGGCAACGAUGAAUGUGUGAUAUGCUUGGAAGACAUUAAAGAUGGAGAGAUAUGUAGGGUUCUUCCUGAAUGCAGCCAUGUCUUCCAUAAGCAUGUGUAG